CGGGAUUCCUACUUGCUGCUUUCCGGUCGAGCGCGGUGGCUGUGUAUUUGAUAAAGGCACACGGAGCCGAAUCAAGACGGUAUAAAGCGAAAUGGCGCUCGAAUCGAGAAUUACACAAGAGGAGAUCAAGAAGGAGCCGGAGAAGCCCAUCGAUCGCGAAAAGACCUGCCCUCUUCUCCUGAGAGUCUUCACCACCAGCACCGGCCGUCAUCACCGAGCAGACGAAUUCACUCGUGGCAAUGUCCCUUCCAGCGAGCUGCAGAUCUACACUUGGAUGGACGCCACCCUGAAGGAGCUGACCAGUCUUGUGAAGGAGGUGUACCCCGAAGCCAGGAAGAAGGGGACACACUUUCACUUUGCCAUCGUUUACCCAGAUCCCCGUGUGAAAAUGUACAGAUUGACUGAUGUUGGGAGCACUAUUUCCGGCAGGAAAGGUCCAGAUGACUCAAUAACUCUGCAGUCCCAGCGCUUCCAGAUAGGAGACUACCUAGACAUCGCCAUUACGCCCCCCAACAGAGCCCCUCCUCUGGGCGCACGCUUAAGACCAUUUUAAACAUGACAGUAGCUGUUCUUUCUUCUUCUUUUUUGCAUUGUAUUGACAUGAUUGUCGUCUUGCUUUUUUUUUUUUACACAAUAAAACAUAAUUUCUUCCCA